UCUUGAUGGAAGGAUAUGGUAUGAUCCAGUUGCUAUGGGGACAGAGAGUAACAUCAGUUGGGCGCCAAGGGGGCGGGGAAGGCCAUGGCUACUCUAGUCACUCUGCAAAAUCGGCUCCAGUUCAUUGAAAGCCAGUACUACUAUAGGAACAGGUUUGUAGAUGAAUAUAGAAAAAAAGAAUAUGAAGCAGCAGUUAAAAUACAGAGCUGGUUUCGAGGAUGUCGAGUACGAGCCUAUAUCAGGUAUUUAAACAAAAUGAUGACAAUUAUACAGAAAUGGUGGAGAGGUUAUAUGGGAAGAAAACAAUAUCGACAAAUGGUGAAGACAGCAUAUUUGACUAUGAAGAUGAAUUUCUACAAUGAAAUGGCUGUCAGGAUUCAGAAAUGCUGGAGAUCAUGUAAGAUCCAGAAGUACUGCUUUAAUUACUAUUACUUCAAGGAAUAUCUGAGAUCUAUUUCUGACACCAAUCAAGCAAUCAGGGAAGCACUGGAGGAGUUUGUAGAGAUGCAGGGUCGAGAAAAGAAAAAGGCUGACCGAGAGAAGGAAGAGAAGAGAAAGCAGCACCAAGCUCGAAAGACCCAUUACCUUCUCAGCACAAAGCAGAUUCCAGGUGUAUACAACUCACCAUUUAGAGACCCAGAUCCAAUGGAGUUUGAGUUACAGAAAGUGAGGGCAUUUCAGAUGACAUCUCCAGUCCCUCGAAUUCAGCAGACAGAUUAUGAAGACCUUUCCUCCUGGCUCGCUUGCACAAGUAAGCGUGCUUUUCCACGAUCAGACAUUUUGCCACCCAUUAACAGGAAGCAAUGCCAGGGGCCCUUCCGAGAUAUCGCUGAAGUAUUGCAGCAGCGCUACAAGCCUUUGCAGCCAACCUUGCGGGUGGCCACAUCAAUCAAUGCAGUAAAAGAGGCCCAGGAGGAACUCAAAAGGGAGGAAUGGAAAAACCGUGUCAAUGACAAUGUGUUUUUGCCAUUUUCUAAUUACCACAAGAAUGAAAAGUAUAUCCCAAUGAUUCACCUUCAACCCAAGUAUAAUGGCCUUUCUUAUGGGCAAAAACAAUUCCAAGCUGAAGACCCUGAGAAAUGGAUAAGUAAUAAAAACUUCCAGACAGUGUUUCCACCAUUUGUUCUCUUUGACAAGUACGGAAAAGCAUAUUCAAGAGCUGGAGAGAUAGUGUAAGGGUGUGUAUUUCUACAUAAAGACCUUUCCAAAAUGUAAUAAAUUCACAAAGUCACAAAUAAAGUUGAUUGAUCUACCAUGCAUUUUAAAAGCCAUGUCAUCAUCACAUUCUUAUGUUAAAAAAAAAAAAAGAAAGAAAACAACAAAACUUCCUAGACUUCUUAGAAUCUAACCUAGUGGAGGCAUGCUUUUUUUUUUUUGCAGAUUAUCUACUGACAGAGAUAUACUCACCUAUAAUUAUAUGGACCUCACAAUAAUUUAAAGUAGGUGUAGAACUAGAACAAAGUUGAAGGCACUAAUCUAUCCUUCAUCCUAAGACAGGGAAGAUAUUAGGUAAUAUAGUUUAUAAAAUAUAAUGGAAAAUAAUGAUGUAGCUCAAACAGUAAAAUCAGUCAAAUUAAUUUUUUGAGUGUUGAACACUGCACUGAGGACUUAGGAAGAAUUCCAAAGAAAUUAUGUUUCCUGACUUCAGUGACUAUACAGUCUGGGUACAGACACCAAAGAUACCCACAUGCAACUACUUUUAAAAUACUUGUGAUACAAAAUAUUAGUAGGUAGAAAAUUACAUAGUUAAGAAGAGCUACAGGAUAGACAAAUGAUCAUAGAAUGAAAUUGGCUUAAUUAGAGAAAGUUUCCUAACAUGGUUUUGUUCUGGGUUUUAGAGACAAUAAAGAGUGUAGGGAACAUUAUGUGUGGAGAGAAUGGCACCUGAGGAUGUGGAGGUGGGUAGAAAAAAAUAAUUUGACUUGGGAGUCUUGUGUUGAAUCCUUCAGAAGCCCUGGAUGUGUUGGCCUCUUGAAGGACCAAACCUCCACUAUGCUGAGGGAAGUUAGUUAUUACCAUUUCUUCUGGAUACACAGAAGGUUGGUAGCACAACGACUCAUAAAUGUUGUAUUCAUGGAAAAAUUCAUCAGCAUUUAGUCUUUUUAACAAACAACAUCUGAGAGACCCAACAAAUAUUUCCUUUAUUCAUGUAAUGUUGGAUUUUAACCGAAAUUCUUUGAGAUUUGUAGCAGAGGAAAGCUGAUGUUGAAAACAUUGAGGAGAGCUGUUUCUUUGUGUUGAUGGAGUGUGGUUAUGUUUAAGAAAAAGAAACAAACUUGUAAUAAUUCUUUCUUACCUGCAUAUAAACAUGUUCACUUUUAAGUUGCCUAUAUGGACAUAUUUUGCUGUCGGUCUAGAAAGGAAAUCAUUAAUUAGCAAGUAGUCAUUGCUGUAUUAUAUUAAUAUAAAGACCAAAUGCUAAAUGUCUUUAGUGUGGAAUAGAUGACUUCAUCUUUUUGGUUAUUUAAUGCCUUUUUUGAGGUACUCUCUUACAUGGGUAUAUCCAGGAGUUUAUGGCAAUAAUUAAGUUAUCCUGAUGAUAAUGGCUAAUAUUUUUACAGUGGAUUCCAUCUGUCUUGAUCUGGCAUAAUCUAAAAAGUAAUAGGUGUAUAAGGUAUGACUAUAAAGUAAGGCAAGCAAUUUUUUUGACAAAUGUACCAGAACUUAUACCUCCAAAUGAAUACAAUCCCUAUUCAAAUUAACAAAUGUUACCUUGGCAGGCUAAACACUUAUUCCAACAAUGUUGCCAUUGCUCAAAGCAUUUUUGGAAUGCCUUUUUGGGGAUUGGCUCCAGAGUAUGUGGCACGUGCUUUUGAAUACCCUAAUUGGUGACAAAUCAUCACUAUCUCAGAGUCAAUUUGAUUUGGGGAAACAGCCAAUAGUAAUUCAGAGCCAAUUGUCAUGAAUAACAUGGAUGGCCAAGGUGGGUUAUACCAAUUUAAAAGGUUCAACAAGUAACAAGAGUGGAUUGCUUAUACAACUCUGAAGGCAGUUCCAAAAUGAGGGAAUUCACAAAGGGCUUUGAGAAAUGGCAGCCUCAUUGAGAUAAAUUCACAGUUCUCCAGAGUGACUGCUUUCACGAACAACAUGAAUGGACAUUUAAAUUCAUCAAUUUUCACAGUGAUGGUUAAAAAUUCACUUUCAUAAUUUAUAGCCACACAUAUAUGUGUAUAUGAACACACACACACACACACACACACACA